AUGGAGCGGGUGGCGCUGCUCCGCACUUCAGGCCGCCGCCUCCUACACCGCUGCCGCAGGGGCAGGUCCGUCGUCGUGCCCGCCGCCGCGGCCUCAUCCUUGGCACGCCGGACGUCCUCGUUCUCACUCCCGGCGCGCGGCUACUCGGCUCUGCCCCGCGGCGGCUCGCGAUUCCUGGCCGCGGCGGCGCCGCUGCACUGCUCCGGCCGAUACUGGCCGGUCGCUGCGCCCCAGCUCGCGCGGAGGCUGUCCGCCCCCGCUGUAUCUACCUCGCCCUCUCCUGUGCCCUAUGAUACAGAUGACAUACAUGAGUAUGCCGCAAAACUUGGAUUUGAAAAGGUCUCUGAACAGACUAUAGAUGAGUGCAAAUCAACUGCUGUUCUUUACAAGCACAAGAAGACGGGGGCUGAAGUGAUGUCUGUGUCAAAUGAUGAUGAGAAUAAAGUGUUUGGCAUUGUUUUCCGUACCCCUCCGAAAAAUUCGACUGGCAUACCCCACAUCCUUGAACAUAGUGUUCUCUGUGGAUCAAGAAAAUACCCUUUAAAAGAACCAUUUGUGGAGCUCCUAAAGGGUAGUCUGCAUACAUUCCUGAAUGCAUUCACAUAUCCAGAUCGGACAUGUUAUCCGGUUGCAUCAACAAACACUAAGGAUUUUUACAACUUGGUAGACGUAUACCUUGAUGCAGUCUUUUUCCCUAAAUGUGUUGACGACUUCCAAACAUUUCAACAAGAAGGUUGGCACUAUGAGCUUGACAACCCUGAAGAAGAGAUAACAUACAAAGGUGUCGUCUUCAAUGAGAUGAAAGGAGUUUACUCUCAACCUGAUAACAUAAUGGGACGUGUAUCCCAACAGGCACUUUCCCCUGAUAACACAUAUGGUGUUGAUAGUGGUGGGGACCCAAAUGAAAUCCCAAAGCUUACUUUUGAAGAAUUCAAGGAGUUCCAUAGUAAGUAUUAUCAUCCAAGCAAUGCUAGGAUCUGGUUCUAUGGUGAUGAUGACCCAAAAGAGCGUCUACGCGUUCUAAGUGAAUACCUUGACCAGUUUGAAGCCAGCCCUGCUCCUAAUGAAUCGAAGGUUUGGCCACAGAGGCUAUUCAAAGAACCUGUGAGGAUCAUAGAGAAGUAUCCUGCUGGUCAAGAAGGUGAUUUGACAAAGAAAUAUAUGGUGUGCAUCAAUUGGCUUUUGUCAGAGGAGCCAUUAGAUGUAGAAACUGAGCUUGCACUUGGUUUCCUGGAUCAUCUAUUGCUGGGGACUCCAGCUUCACCACUUAGAAGGAUUCUUCUUGAAAGUGGUCUAGGAGAAGCUAUUGUGGGAGGUGGUGUUGAGGAUGAGCUCCUUCAACCACAAUUUAGCAUAGGCCUGAAAGGUGUAUCAGAGGAUAAUAUUCAAAAAGUUGAAGAGUUGGUUAUGCAAACUUUGAAGAAUUUGGCAGAGGAAGGAUUUGCAACAGAAGCGGUGGAGGCUUCCAUGAACACGAUCGAAUUUUCUCUUAGGGAGAACAACACAGGGUCAUUCCCUCGAGGCUUGUCACUGAUGCUUCGUUCAAUUGGGAAAUGGAUAUAUGAUAUGGACCCUUUUGAGCCUCUGAAAUAUGAACAGCCACUGCAGCAAUUAAAAGCACGAAUUGCAGAGGAGGGAUCAAAAGCUGUGUUCUCACCGCUCAUUGAGAAAUUUAUUUUGAAGAAUUCACAUCGUGUCACAGUUGAAAUGCAGCCUGAUCCAGAGAAAGCAUCACGUGAUGAAGCAGCUGAGAAAGAAAUCCUAAAACAAGUGAAAGCUAGCAUGACUCAGGAAGAUCUUGCGGAGUUGGCACGUGCUACAAAGGAGCUAAAGGAAAAACAAGAAACACCAGAUCCUCCAGAAGCUCUCAAGGCUGUUCCUAGUCUGUCAUUGCAAGAUAUCCCAAAAAAGCCUACUCAUGUACCAAUUGAGGUUGGAGAGAUAAAUGGUGUCAAGGUUUUGCAACAUGAUCUCUUCACCAAUGAUGUCGUCUACUCUGAGGUUGUAUUUGAUAUGGGUUCAAUGAAGAAAGAACAUCUGCAAUUGUUGCCAUUGUUCUGCCAAUCCUUACUGGAGAUGGGCACAAAAGACAUGGACUUUGUGCAACUUAAUCAAUUAAUUGGUAGAAAAACUGGAGGCAUAUCAGUUUACCCAUUCACGUCAUCGGUUAGGGGAAAAGAAGAUCCUCUUACUCGCAUCAUCGUUCGGGGAAAGGCAAUGGCUCCACGAGUAGAAGAUUUGUUUAAUCUGAUGUACAUCAUUCUUCAAGAUGUUCAAUUCACAGAACAGCAGAGGUUCAAGCAGUUUGUUUCUCAAAGUAAAGCAAGGAUGGAGAAUCGAUUGAGGGGCAGUGGCCAUGGCAUAGCAGCUGCUAGAAUGGAUGCUAAGUUAAAUGCAGCUGGAUGGAUUUCUGAACAAAUGGGUGGUGUUAGUUAUCUUGAGUAUCUGCGGGACCUGGAAACUAAGAUUGAUCAAGACUGGGUCAGCAUAUCAUCUUCACUCGAGGAAAUGAGAAAAUCACUCUUUUCCAAGAAUGGUUGCUUGAUCAACCUAACAAGUGACUGGAAAAAUCUUGAAAAAUCAAGCCAACAUAUUGCCAAAUUUCUUGAUUCACUCCCAAGUAGCCCAUCCCUUGGAAGUGAUCCAUGGCUUUCUCGGCUACCUUCUGUGAAUGAAGCCAUUGUUGUCCCAACUCAGGUUAAUUAUGUUGGAAAAGCUGGAAACCUUUACCAAAGUGGAUACCAGCUCAAUGGAAGCGCCUAUGUCAUCUCAAAGCACAUAAGCAAUACAUGGCUAUGGGAUCGUGUUCGAGUUAGCGGUGGUGCAUAUGGAGGAUUUUGUGAUUUUGACACCCAUUCAGGAGUGUUCUCAUAUUUAUCAUAUCGUGAUCCAAACUUACUGAAAACACUAGAGGUCUAUGACGAGACAGCAAGAUUCCUCAGAGAGCUAGAAAUGGAUGAUGAUGCACUCACAAAAGCUAUUAUUGGAACCAUAGGCGAUGUUGACGCCUACCAGCUACCAGAUGCUAAAGGUUACAGCAGCCUAAUGAGAUAUUUGCUGGGCAUCACGGAUGAGGAACGCCAGCAAAGACGUGAAGAGAUACUAUCAACAAGUCCGAAGGAUUUCAAGGAGUUUGCUGAUGCUGUUGAAACCAUCAAGGACAACGGGGUCGUGGUUGCCGUUGCAUCACCAGAUGAUGUUGAAGCUGCAAAUAAGGAAAACCCGGUAUUCCCUGAAGUAAAGAAGUGCCUGUGA